AUGGCCGUCGACACCACCGACCCCCAGGACAUCUUCGCCGCCGCCAGCGUGGCCCAGAUCCACGCCGCCCUCGGCCAAUUGCACGACCACGAGGCCAGCGUCACGCAGCAGCUCGAUGCCCUCGUCGCCUCCCAGAAAGACCUCUCGCGCGAACUCGGGCGCCUCGACGUGCUGCGCGCCCGCCUCGGCACCCACGCCGUCAGCACGCGAGCCAUCAGCAAUGGCAUGCUCUCCGACGCCGCCUCGACCGCCGGCCGAAUCUCGAGCGCCGUCAAGCGGUUGGACCACGAGCAAUCCAAUGUCAAGGCGACGCUGCAGGUCGUCGAGCAGGUGGCGGAGCUGAAGGCGUGCGUCCUGGGCGUCCACGGCUCCAUGGGCGCUCCCCAGGACUGGGAGACGGCCGCGGGCUACCUCAGUCGCGCCGCCAAGAUACCGGAAGAGGUGGUGAAUGGCAGCUUUGCAGAGGAGAUUGUGCCUACGGCCGAGGUGCCUGACCCGCCGCGGGUGACGCUCGAUGCGGCCGCCGAGUCGCUGUGUGGCCUCUUCUUGCGCGAGUUUGAAAAGGCUGCUCAGGAGGGCGACGGCUCCAAGGUGACGCGCUUCUUCAAACUGUUCCCCUUGAUUGGGCGCACCGACGUGGGUUUGGAUGCAUAUGGUCGCUACGUCUGUCAAGGUGUGGCGUCGCGGGCGCGCGCAAACUUCAACUCGGCUUCGCCAGCACAGAGAAACGAAGGCUUCUUCUAUGGCAACACCAUCACCAAGCUGUUCGAGCACAUUGCCCAGAUUGUAGACGGACACGAGCCGCUAGUCGAGCGCCACUACGGCCCCGGCAUGAUGCAAAAGGUUAUUGAGCGUUUGCAGAUCGAGGCCGAUGUGCAAGGAGGCAUUGUGCUCGACACAUGGCACGACGAACGCCAGAUCGAGCGCAAACUGACCGAAAUCAAAUCAUAUGCCUUUUCCUUCCUAGUCCAAAGCUUCCUCCCAGCCCAAAAGCCUGCUUCCGGAAUACCCCGCUCGAGCUCACCGGCUAACGGCGCGGCGCGCACGAGUGAAGAUGAAGGGGUCGACAUGAAGGAGAUUGAUGGUCUGCUCGGAGAAGGCGCUCUUAUCCUGGGGCGGUAUGCCCUGUAUACUCGCUUUCUCUCUGACAAGUGCGCGCCCUACGAGCCUGAGGACCAGAUUGACCAUGGUUUGGUGAUGCCCAGUUUCUUAACGACCAGCAACCUCCACAAGAAGGUGACGAGCCAUCUCAUCGAGCCCGUAAACGCCAUGACGACCUUCUUUUUCCGUCGGUCGGUGGAGAAAGCCUUCCAGCUAGACGAGUCUCCGUCAGACCUCACUCUGAACCCAAACAAGCCUCUUGGAGCCAACCCGCCCUUCAUAACCUCGGCCGUUGACGAUGUCAUGUAUAUUGUCAACCAGGUCUUGCAAAGAACGCUUGCAACAUCGCAGCGAGCCGUCGUGUCGAGUGUAGUCCCCGCGGUAAGCCACAUCCUGGGCGCCGAGUUCAUCGGUAUGAUACAGAGAAAGAUGCGAGACGAGAGCUAUCCGAAGCCCGUCAUACAGGGCGGAUUGCCCCCCGAGGACAAGGUUAUUGCUUUUCUAGUGCUGCUCAAUAACCUUGACAUUGCCAAUGACUAUGUCAAGCGCAUAGUUCAGCAACAGCUGCGCACGCAGCCACAGCCUGGCCAAGAGGAUGCUCACUCUCCGUUGCACGACCUGUUCCCCUUUGGCCACGACGCCACGUUUGUUCAAACCACGCUCAAAAACAUGGAAAAAGCAUUUGCAGCCAAGAGCGGCGACCUGCUCAAUGACGGCAUCACUGUUCUCUUUUCCAACGUUCUGAAACCGCGCAUUCGGCCAAUCCUCGCCGAGGCUUUUAGGGAUAUCAAGUACGACCCCGGUGACGAGGACGCAGACGACGAAGACACUGAUGAGGCCGACCUUGUCAGAGCGCGCUUUGACCGGGGCUGGGGCGUGGUAAUUCGUCCCAUUAAACGCAUCCUCACCUCACCCAACUUCGACCGCCUCCUUGCCUUGGGGAUGAACUAUCUCGCUUCUGCGCUGGAAAAGCGCAUCAAGAGCUAUUACGGCAGGGUCAACGAGCUCGGCGCGGUCCGGCUCGAGCGGGACAUUGCAGGAAUCAUCACGGCAGCUACGAGUGGCGGCGCGUAUGCCCUGCGCGAUGCUUUCCAGAAAUGCACGCAAAUGACGUUGAUACUGAAUAUGGAGGACGACGAGUUUGAGCAGAUAGCCGGAGACACGACGGGCGACUCUGGCAUCUCGUGGGUUCUUGAUGCAGAAGAAAGGAACAGAUGCCCGCCCUACCAGAACCACGCCGCAAACCUCCACGAGCCUUUUAGUACGGGAAGAUGGAAUUUGAGCUAUGCGAGGCCAAUUGAGGAGUGUAGGACUUUCCACUCGCCAGAGGUUGAAGAAACGAUUGCCCGACUGCAAAAUGUCAUCAAGGAUCCUGAUCUAUUCCGGCUCUUUGAAAACACAUGGCCGAGUACACUCGACACGACGAUUGCCUGGCGAGGCCUGUCAAACACGAGCAAUUCCAUUGAGCUCGAGGGGCGUCAGAUGAGCCUCAAGCCCGAGGAACUAACUUUUGUCAUCACAGGUGAUAUUGAAGCCAUCCACGAUAGUCUUGCCAGCCUGUUCCGCGGUGCCAUUAACCUGCAAGCACGUUACAUUCUCGGCGAUCCCUUCUGCAAUGCCUUUCAAGCGCCUGAUGAGAGCGGCCUAUACCAACAUAACAGCCAGAACAGUGAUACCAUUAUGCCGCCAUACGACUACUACCGCGUCUUUUCCUGCCAGUGGGAACUCGACUCUGUAGCCUCUUUCCUGCAGCUCUCGGCCGACUACGUGCGCGCCACCGACGACUACGAAUUCUUCAAACAGUCCAGCAACUGGGCCAAGGCCGUCGAGCUAGUCCUCAACACCACAGACAGCAUGAUGAUUGGCAGCUACGCCGACGACGGCUCAUGGCAGCACACCCCAUACACCUACUGUGCCCCGUACGGCGGCACCCCGAUUAACAAUUGCAACGGCAGCCCGCACCGCGGCCACAUUGGCCUCGUCCGCUCAUUCCACCGCCCCAGCGACGACGCAUGCACCUACCAGUACCUGAUCCCGUCCAACAUGAUGUACGCGACAGCGCUCAACGCCUCAGCAACCAUAAUGGCGCAAACCGACUCAGCGCCGCUCGCCACGCGCAUGCGCGAACUCAGCGUCAGCAUCAACCGCGGCAUCGAGCAGCACGCCGUGGUGCACGACGCCACGCACGGCAAAAUCUACGCCUACGAAAUCGACGGCUACGGCUCCGCAAACAUCAUGGACGAUCCAAACGUCCCGUCUCUACUCUCCGCCCCCUGGCUCGCCUACACCACCCCCCAAAGCACCAUCUACAAAAACACCAGAAACAAGCUCCUAUCGCGCGAUAACGCUUACUACGCCGUCGGCCCCGCAAUCACAGGCAUCGCAAGCCCACACACCCUGCCCGGCAACCCCUGGCCCAUGGCCCUCAUCAUGACCAUCCUGACUUCCGACGACGACGCGGAAAUCACACAGAAUCUGCGCUGGCUGCUCCAGAGCACAGAUGGCCUCGGCUUGAUGCAUGAGAGCGUCUCGGCGAGAUCCGUGAGUACUUGGUCGCGCCAGUGGUUCAGCUGGGCAAACGGCAUGUUUGGCCAGAUGAUUCUCGAUCUGGAGAAAAGGAAGCCGCAUCUUUUGCGCGUGAGCUUUCAGGAAAAAUAG